AGUGUGCUAGAGUACAGUUUAGUUUUAAAGGUUAAUGAAGAUCAUAAAUUGAUGUAGUAGGUUGUUCAAUGUAAAUUUACGUAAAAUAUCAAUUAACUUUCUUUGACAGAAGGCGGUAAAGUGAACAAUGUCUAUAUAUUCCUAGCCACAAAAUCUCUGCAUAAAGGGUAUUUGUAGUACGUAAAAGUUUGUGCACAUUAAUUGUUUAGCAUUGUAUAGAAGUAAAUAGAAAACAAGUGUUUUGUACAAUGGUUUUGGCCAUUACGUCUCCAUUUCUGCAUGUAUGCUCAAAAUAUGUUUUUCGAACUUCGCUUCGUAACUUUAGAGCACUGGUUGACGUUCAUCCCAGAGUGCAACGAUCACUUAAGCAAGGAAAAGCAGUUGUGGCCUUAGAAUCGACGAUCAUUACGCAUGGCAUGCCUUAUCCACAAAAUAUUGAGACAGCACAAUUGGUGGAACAGCUUGUUUCUGAAAAUGGUGCGCUAGCAGCAACAAUUGCCAUAAUUGACGGUCGAAUAAAGGUAGGUCUUACCUCAGAGGAAAUGGAAAAAAUAGUCAAGAAAAACCAUAAUGAGAUAAUGAAAAUUUCAAGACGUGAUUUACCUUAUUUGGUAGCUACAGGGGGAAGUGGAGGCACAACUGUAGCAGCUACAAUGAUCAUAGCCCACAUGUUGGGAAUAGAUAUAUUUGCUACUGGAGGUGUUGGUGGAGUUCACCGCGAUGGACAUGUUACAUUGGAUAUAUCAGCAGAUCUGGUGGAGUUAGGACGAACACCAGUUACGGUAGUGUCAAGUGGAAUUAAAUCUAUAUUAGAUAUACCUCGAACUCUUGAGUACUUAGAGACCCAAGGAGUAUGUGUUGCGAGUUAUGGAAUUGAGGAUUGCACUUUUCCUGAUUUUUAUACACGUAAUAGUGGAUGCAAGGUUCCAUAUAACCUAAAUGGGCCAUUGGAAGCUGCUAACUUAAUAAAAGCUUUGAAAGAGUUAGAUUUAAAAUCAGGAAUUUUGAUUGGUGUACCUGUACCUGAGCAAUUUGCAGCGAAUAAAGAAAUGAUUGAAGCAGCAAUCGAACAGGCAACGUGUGAAGCAAAACUUCAGGGAAUUUAUGGCAAACAAGUAACACCUUAUUUGCUAGCCGCAAUAGCCAAAAUAACACACGGAGAAAGUCUAGAUGCAAAUAUUGCGUUGAUUAAAAACAAUGCUACUGUUGCUGCUCAAAUAUCCCGGGAAUUAUCCAGGAGAAGUAAAAGUUAUACGUUGAGAGGUGAAUCUAUACCUGAAUCCGUCUCCUCUCCCCUAGUGAUUGGUGCCUCAAUUUUAGAUCUUUCAUUAACUAUGGUCGACGAAAUUCCAAGUGUGCUAGACGGAGCUACGUAUUGUGCAAAACCAACCGAAUCAGCGGGUGGUGUUGGCCGCAACAUUGCCGAGGGAAUUUUUAAAUUGUACGGCGCAGCAAACUUUAUUUCCAUUGUCGGUGACGACCAAAUCGGGAAAAGUUUAUUAAAAAUGAUUCCUAGGCCUUUAAGAAGUUCUGUAAUGGUCGAUGAAGAAUGUGCCACUUCCCUCUGCACUCUACUUUUUGAUAAAACUGGUGACUGCAAAAUCAUUUUAGGAAAUAUGGAGAUUCAUCAAAAUAUUACGGUAGAAGUGAUUCAACGAUAUGAGGAGCAGAUAAGUUCCGCUCCAAUAAUUGUAAUAGAUAGCAAUCUCUCUUUUGAAGCAAUGGCAUGCGUCCUGCGUCUUGCUCAAAAACAUCGGCGACCAGUGUUUUUUGAACCAACGGAUAUGCGAAUUGCUCACAAGCCGUUUACUCUACCCAAGAGUCUUACACAACAGAUUCGAAUUAUAUCGCCAAAUAUUUAUGAAUUGCAUACCAUUGUAGAAGCUAUCACGGGAACUCCAGUACAAAGUAAAGUUAACAACAGUGAUACAGUAGAGACUUUACUGGAGAAAGCCAAAUACCUACUGGCACUUGUCCGAGGUCAUUUCGAUUGUAUCGUUCUAACGCUUGGACAAGAAGGCGUAUUACUUAGUUUGAAUGGCGACUUAGCUGCAUCUGGUAAACCACUGUUUGAUGUAAAAACUGGUUCUUAUUUACCUAUGAUUGAAAGUAAACAAAAUGUUCACGCACUACGGUUUUACAAAGCACCUAAGGUAGAAAACAUUAAAAAUGUGUCAGGGGCAGGUGAUAGUUUUACAAGCGGUUACAUAACAGCACUUUUACGAGGCUUUGACAUGAAAAGUUGUGUAGCGUUGGGAUUUCUGGCGGCAGAACGGGCUCUGCAAUCACGUGCGGCAGUACCGUUUCGCUAUUUCAGUGAUGACAUUGAAGAAUCUGUCAGUUUAGAAUCAGUUUUAAGAAACCUUAAGGAAACGUCGUUGUAAGUUUACGUUAUUAACUCAUAUUUAUGGGAGCCAUACUUUUAUACCCAUAAAAAACGUUUACCUUGAACAAUAAUCACAUUUAUAUCAAUAUAUAAAAUAUGUAAAUACGAGUAUGUAUCAAUCUUCUAAAAAAAUUUUGUGGGUAAAUAUCCAUAUAUAAUUGAGCAUUUCUUUUUGUGCAUUGUUAAAGAGUCGACAUAGCUAUAUAAAUUAAAAUCAUCUUUGAAACAAAAUUAUUGAUUUUGUGUAAAAAAUAAUUUAACAAACUUCUUAUUUGGUUUAUUUAAACUUAUAAUAAAACGUUUAUUUUUUUAUAGAAACUGCUACGAUACGAACACUCCUAUUAAGACAAUUUAUACACGUUAUAUACCUCAUCUGGAUGUAUACUAAUAAGCCCAUCUGUAAAAAAUAAAUAGAAUUUAUAAGGUCUAAAAUAAGAAUAAUAAAGUAUGCAUUCAACGUUAAA